GGAUGCGCCGUGUGUAUCGCGCACUCAGCGCUUUGCUCUCAGCCCAGUUCACCGCGUUGCUGAGGAAGUGGCCCGGAAGGAGGGAGCAGCAGACACUAGGAGGAGUCUCCGGUGUUUUCAGGCUGCUGACUCAGACAUGGGGUUUCCGGCGCGGGACCCGGCGAAGGGCUGAGCUGUGGAUGUCUGCAGAGCUGCACCAUGAGGACGUGGGGGAGUGACAGUGAGGAGGACCGGAGCCCCCUGCUAGGAGAAGACGAUGUGGUGCAGGGCAGCAUACAGCGCAGCCCCCCGGCCAGAGUGCCUGUGUGUUGCUCUGCUCGUUACAACCUGGCAGUGAUGGCGUUGCUUGGCUUCUUCAUGUUGUAUGCACUACGGGUCAAUUUAAGCGUCUCACUGGUGGAUAUGGUAAACUCAACAUCUAGUGAACACGUAAACAGAAGUGCCAAUGUGUGCCCCGACCAUUCACUUCCACCCAUCGUACCUCAUAAUUCCACGGGCAAGAAGUAUGAAUGGGAUGCAAAUACCCAAGGCUGGAUACUUGGGUCCUUUUUCUACGGAUACAUUCUCACUCAGAUCCCUGGGGGAUACAUAGCUGGCAGAAUUGGUGGCAAACUACUACUGGGAUUCGGAAUUCUGGGCACUGCAGUGUUCACUUUGUUAACACCAUUAGCUGCAGAUUUGGGUGCUGGCUACCUUAUAGCUGUUCGAGCACUGGAAGGACUUGGAGAGGGUGUGACCUUUCCAGCUAUGCAUGCAAUGUGGUCAUCUUGGGCCCCACCUCUUGAGCGUAGCAGACUUUUAAGUCUUUCUUAUGCAGGAGCUCAGCUUGGCACUGUUGUAUCUCUGCCUCUGUCUGGUUUAAUUUGCUAUUACAUGAACUGGAUUUAUGUGUUCUACAUUUUUGGAGCACUUGGUGUUGUAUGGUUUAUAAUGUGGUUAUUUCUAGUCAGUGAUACUCCACAAUCUCACCGCACAAUAUCUGACUCGGAGAGAGAAUACAUUUUGUCGGCCCUUAAACAUGAGCUUUCUAGAGACACAGAUGUCCCGGUGUGUGCCAUGCUGAAAUCAUUGCCGCUGUGGGCUAUUGUUGUAGCUCAUUUUUCUUACAACUGGACCUUCUACACUCUCCUGACUUUAUUACCUACCUACAUGAAAGACAUUUUACGUUUUAAUGCACAAGAGAACGGCUUUCUCUCUGCCCUUCCUUACCUUGGAUGUUGGCUUUGUAUGAUCAUUACAGGCCAUGUUGCAGAUCUCAUGAGGGAAAAGUUGAACUUCUCAACUGUUGUUGUCCGUAAAAUAUUUAACACUUUGGGAAUGAUUGGCCCUGCAGCAUUUCUGCUGGCGGCCGGUUACACAGGUUGUGAUUAUACUCUGGCUGUUGUGUUUCUCACAUUAUCAACCACCCUUGGAGGAUUCAGCAUAUCUGGAUUCAAUAUUAAUCACUUGGACAUUGCACCAUCUUUUGCUGGUCUUUUACUUGGAGUCACAAACACAUUUGGAACAAUUCCUGGAAUGGUUGGGCCAGUUAUUGCCAAAGCGUUAACUCAUGAUGACACUGUGGAACAAUGGCAGAUUGUGUUCUACAUCGCAGCUGCUAUUAACAUUUUUGGAGCCAUCUUCUUUGCAGCAUUUGCCAGCGGUACAGUUCAAGACUGGGCAGUAAGGACUAAUAAAGCACAGGGAAGCUAAGGACCGUCUGUAUCUCUACGUAUGCCUCGAAAAGCCUCACUUUUAUACAUGAUUAUUUUCUAAAUUUUCAUAGACAAAAACCUGGAAAACGUUCAUCUGUCCUUAAACAGGUUAGGAAAGACGUUGUCCUGAAGCACUACAACAUCUGAACCUGAUCUAUGAUGUGGAAAAGGGAAUCUGCUGCUGCUCAUCUAAUAUAUUUAGUUCAGUUUUUUUUUGUUUAUGGUACAGUUCAUCGGAUUUU